UUUUUUACAAACUUUUCUUAAAGAUUGUGGCACAUGUUAUCUGACAAUUAAAGAGCAACGGAAGGGAGUAUGUGAUUAGGCAGGUGUCGUCUCGCUCAAUAAUAAACACAAGAAUCAGAUAAGCGAAGCUGCCAUUACAAAUAUCUUCAGUUUCGGAAAUGGCAACUUCUUUACCUUCUCAACUUUCUGGUCCCAAAUCCGCCAUUUCCGUUUCAUCCCCACCACACUUCUCUGGUCUCCGUCCACCUUCUUUCAAGCUUGACAAUACUCACUCUUUUUUCCAAAAUAUUGACACUCGCCUACGCAUUUCUCCCUCUCACAAAGGUUGCAGACCCGUCGUCUCCAUGGCUGGCUCCGGCAAGUUCUUUGUUGGUGGCAACUGGAAAUGUAAUGGAACAAAGGACUCCAUAAGCAAGCUUGUCUCUGAUCUGAACAGCGCAAAGCUCGAGUCAGAUGUUGAUGUGGUUGUAGCACCUCCCUUUCUGUACAUUGAUCAAGCAAAGAGCUCACUAACUGAUAGAAUCGAGAUUUCUGCUCAGAAUUGUUGGACUGGCAAAGGUGGAGCUUUCACGGGUGAAAUCAGCGUGGAGCAGUUGAAAGAUCUUGGCUGCAAAUGGGUUAUUCUUGGUCAUUCUGAGCGGAGACAUGUAAUUGGAGAAAAUGAUGAAUUUAUUGGGAAGAAAGCUGCUUAUGCUUUGAGCCACAAUGUUGGAGUUAUAGCCUGUAUUGGAGAGCUAUUAGAAGAAAGAGAAGCUGGAAAAACUUUUGAUGUAUGUUUCAAGCAGUUGAAGGCUUUUGCCGAUGCUUUACCGAGUUGGGAUGAUGUUGUCAUCGCAUAUGAGCCUGUAUGGGCUAUUGGAACUGGUAAAGUGGCGACACCUGAGCAGGCUCAGGAGGUCCAUGCAGCUGUUCGUGAUUGGCUAAGUAAGAAUGUUUCUGCAGAAGUUGCUUCUAAAACACGUAUCAUAUAUGGAGGUUCUGUGAACGGAGGCAACUCUUCUGACCUAGCGAAGAAAGAAGAUAUUGAUGGCUUUCUAGUGGGGGGUGCCUCUUUAAAGGGUCCUGAGUUUGCCACCAUUAUUAAUUCUGUAACAUCCAAGAAGGUAGCUGCUUGAUCAUUUGUCAUGUGUUCUAUCGUGGAAAUAAAUGGCUUAGAGAAACACCAGUGCUAGAAGCAUCAGAUGGCCAAUUUAUGAAUGAGUUUUGUCUAGUGGAAUUUUGGUAACUUUCCAACUCAUCCUGUAUAACUUGUUUUUUCAUCCAUCUCACUUUAAUAACACAGUGAUAGCAAAAUGGUGGAGCUUCAGGGCGUUUUUUUUAGUGGGUUUUGGAUGUGUUGCAUGUUGCUUGACACUUA